AUGGCAGAUAGGUCAGUGAAGCAACCUAUGGGCUUUCUAUGUGAUGUGCUCGUAAAGGUAGACACAUUCAUCUUUUUGGCAGACUUCGUGAUCUUGGAUUGCGAAGUAGAUUUUGAGGUUCCCAUUAAUUUGGAAAGACCAUUUCUGGCCACAGGACGAGCAUUGGUCUUUGAUGAAGAAAAAAUGGGAGCAACUAUUGAAAAGAGGCUGGAUGUUGAGACCUUAGCCGCAGUGCUGAUGAAUUUUGAAGCUGAUUUUCGAUCUGACUAUGUAGAGACCGUGAAUGCUUUGCAGGGUAUGGGAGCGCAUCCUAAUGCUCCAAAGAAAUUGGACCUAGACUUGAAAAACAUGCCAAGUCCUCAAGCAAAACCAUCUAUUGAGGAGCCACUGUUACUGGAACUGAAACAGUUACCCACUCACCUGAGAUAUCUAUUUUUAGGAGCUAACAACACUUUACCUGUACAAAAGGGCCAUUGGGUGGACCUUGCUGAUAUCAUCGGGAUACCUCCAGGUAUAUGCACCCAUAAAAUUCAACUUGAGGAGGACUGCAGCCCAAGCAUUGAACACCAGUGGAUGCUAAACCUACCUAUGCAAGAGGUGGUAAAAAAGGAGAUCAUCAAGUGGUUAGACGCUGGGGUGGUGUACCCUAUUUUUGACCAUCAUUGGGUCAAUCAAGUGCAAUGUGUGCCCAAAAAAGGCAGUAUGAUUGUGGUUGCAAAUGAGAAGAAUGAGUUGGUCCCGCAGAGGCCAGUUACCGGAUGGCGAGUGUGCAUGGAUUACAAGAAGCUGAACAAGUGGACCUUGAAGGAUCAUUUACUGAUGCCUUUCAUAUACCAGAUGCUUGACAGGUUGGCUGGCAAAGUGUGGUACUGCUUUUUAGAUGGAUACUUUGGCUACAAACAUAUAUCAAUUGCUCCUGAAGAUCAGGGAAAGACAACCUUUACAUUUCCUUAUGGCACCUUUGCAUUUAAAAGCAUGCCAUUUGGACUAUGUAAUGCACCAACAACUUUCCAGAGGUGGCCUACAGAGAUGCGAGGAGGCCAACCUAGUGUUGAACUGGGAGAGGUGUCAUUUCAUGGUCAAGAAAGGCAUAGUCCUUGGCAUAAGGUUUCACAAAAGGGGAUAGAGGUUGACAAGGCCAAAAUUAAGGUGAUUGAAAAGUUUCCUCCACCUAUUUGUGUGAAGGAUGUUCAGAGUUUCUUAGGACAUGCCGGAUUUUAUAGGCAUUUCAUCAAGGACUUCUCCAAAAUUGCACACCCCAUGUGCAAGCUUUUGGAGAAGGAGGUGAAAUUCAUUUUUGAUGAGGCAUGUCUUAGAGCAUUUGAAUGCCUGAAGGAGAAGUUGAUUUGUGCACCAGUAAUCAUUGGCCCUGAUUGGGCUGAGCUGUUUGAGGAGUUUGAUUUCGAGGUCAAAGAUAGGAAAGGUUGUGAAAACCAGGUGGCUGAUCACCUGUCUAGGUUAGAGGCUGAAAAGAAAGAGGAGUGUGAACUAGAAAUCAAUGAUGCAUUCCCGGAUGAGCAGGUAUUGGCUGCAACUCUUGAUCUUAUCCCUUGGUUUGCUAAUUUGCUAACUUUCUUGUUAGUGAUUUGA